GGGACGAGGGGGUGGGGGCUCAGAGGGUAGGUCCCCUCCUGUGCCAGCUCCCCCCACCCGCCCACCUACCCCAAGCCGGGUUUUUCCUGCUAUUUGUGCUCUGGGAAAGCACGGCUGGGUUCCUGGAAGAGACGCCUAUUACCUUGGCUCUGGAGAAAAAGCGACAGCGCUGGGAUCUGGGCCUGUGCCUGCCCAGCCCAGUCUUGGGGCCUCAGAGCAUCUGGGCGACACUGUCUGGGAAGAGGCCCGGCACUCGGUCACCAGCCGGGAGAGUCACUGAGGGAUGAGGACGCCACAGCCCGGUGGAACGCACUUUCUGCUCUCGUGGCCCCGAGCGCGCAGCGCCCAGGAGCCGGGCAGAGCCUGACGCCCUGUGUCGUCAACCCUCGCGCACGGGGCUCUGCGGGUGACCGGACAGGCCAGCUUCCUGCUGCAUGGAACGGCUGCAGAAGCAACCACUUACCUCCCCUGGGAGCGUCAGCUCCUCCCGAGGCUCCAGUGUUCCUGGCUCUCCCUCCAGCAUCGUGGCCAAGAUGGACAAUCAGGUGCUGGGCUACAAGGACUUGGCUGCCAUCCCCAAGGACAAGGCCAUCCUGGACAUCGAGCGGCCUGACCUCAUGAUCUACGAGCCCCACUUUACCUAUUCUCUCCUGGAACAUGUGGAGCUUCCCAGAAGCCGGGAGCGCUCACUGUCACCCAAAUCCACAUCCCCCCCACCAUCCCCAGAGGUGUGGGCAGAGAGCCGGUCCCCUGGAACCAUCUCUCAGGUUUCAGCCCCAAGAGCCACUGGGACCCCACGGACCAGCCUACCCCAUUUCCACCAUCCUGAGACAACCCGCCCAGAUUCCAACAUCUACAAGAAGCCACCUAUCUACAAGCAGAGAGAGUCCAUGGGAGGGAGCCCUCAGAGCAAGCACCUCAUCGAGGACCUCAUCAUCGAGUCCUCCAAGUUCCCUGCAGCCCAGCCGCCUGACCCCAACCAGCCAGCCAAGAUUGAAACCGACUAUUGGCCAUGCCCCCCGUCGCUGGCCGUCGUGGAGACAGAAUGGAGGAAGCGGAAGGCAUCGAGGAGGGGCGCAGAGGAAGAGGAAGAGGAGGAAGAUGACGACUCUGGGGAAGAGAUGAAGGCUCUCAGGGAGCGUCAGAGAGAGGAACUCAGUAAGGUUACUUCCAACUUGGGAAAGAUGAUCUUGAAAGAAGAGAUGGAAAAGUCAUUGCCUAUCCGGAGGAAAACUCGCUCUCUGCCUGACCGGACACCCUUUCAUACCUCCCUGCAUGCAGGAACAUCAAAGUCCUCUUCUCUCCCCGCCUAUGGCAGGACCACUCUGAGCCGGCUACAGUCCACAGACUUCAGCCCCUCUGGGAGUGAGACUGGAAGCCCAGGCCUGCAGAACGGAGAGGGCCAGAGGGGGAGGAUGGACCGGGGGAACUCCCUGCCCUGUGUGCUGGAGCAGAAGAUCUAUCCCUACGAAAUGCUGGUGGUGACCAAUAAGGGGAGAACCAAACUGCCUCCAGGUGUGGAUCGGAUGAGGCUUGAGAGGCAUCUGUCUGCGGAGGACUUCUCAAGAGUAUUUUCCAUGUCUCCUGAAGAGUUUAGCAAGCUGGCCCUGUGGAAGAGGAAUGAACUCAAGAAAAAGGCCUCUCUCUUCUGACCACCCCUCCCACUCCUUGACUGACCCUGUCCCCUGCUGCUUCAGGGCUCUGGAGCUGGGUCACUAGACCCCAAAGCAUCAUCCCUUGGGGGAGCAGGGAGGUGGGGUGGAGGUAGGGUUGGCUCCAUUCCCCAGGUGAGGAGGAACCAAGACCUCUGCAGUGCUGGGGUUGUAGGACAUGAACUUGCUUCCCCAUAAUGAGCUAGGGGGGGCCUCCUUCCCUCAUCCCUGGUCCUCACUGCACAGGGCAAACCCAGUCUGGACUCCAGCACACACAGAGUUAAUGUUUGCACCCUCUCCCCACCCCAACCCCACAUGAAGGUCCCCACAAGAGAGUGAGGAGAAACGCAGCAUUAGUGGUCAGGCAUGUUGGCUGUCUUGACCAAAUGGGUGGGUAGGACCCUCGGACCUGCUAGGAGGCAGGUGAGGGUGGGAAGCAGCCAGGCAGGCAGGGAGAGCCCCAGGAUGCUGUGUGCACCCAAGCACGCCUCCUCACCUCACCUUGGACAGCUUCCCCUACACCUGGGCCUCUGGCUUCUCUGACUCUUAGCAGGAGCAGGCUUGAACUCAGCCUCUAACAAGGAGGCCACCCUGCCCUCCAGCUCACCUUGUCCUCUCCUUGUGACCCCUAAGCUUCAGAGCCUCUUGCUCCAGCCCUGUGGCUUCCCCAGAAGCCUUGGCUUAGAGUGGAGAUGUUGCAGAACCUCAGCCCGCUGUCAGCCUGCAGGCAAAGUCCGCUAGACUUCUAGCACCCAGGUCCCGGGCAGAACCCAGGCCUUCAGGCUCCUUGGAUGGGAUCAAGAGGCCAGGCUGAGUGUCCUGGCUAGCAGGUCCCGUCCAUUCCCACGCAUCCCCCACCACGCUGUCUAAAGAAUGUAAUUUAUUGGGGCACCCCCCCAGCUGCUUUCUCUCCUAACUCUCUGCCCUACUUUAAUCACACUCCCAGCUUUUCUUCUCUACAGAAACAUAUGUGUAUAUAAUUAUAUAUAUAUUUUUGCCUGGGGCUGGGUUUGGUACCUGCCCAGACUCUGGCAUCCCUUUCCACUGUGUGUGUGUGUGAUAAUGCUGUGGGAGGGGGACUCUGCUUGGAAUUAAAAGGUUGCACUGGGCCCCCAAA